UCAAACGCAAACAAGCGAUUUCUGUCGAUAGUCCUUCGGGAAUGUUCGGAAGUUGCUUAGCAAAGUUUAUUAACAAGAUGGCGCUCAUACAGCAAUCCCGCUGCGUAAAUUCGAAAGACAAUUCGUGACGCAGCGAUGGCUAAAAUACCAGUGCCCUCUGAAGUGAGACGUUUCAGCGAAGGGAAGUAUGGGAGCCGGCCUCAAUCUCGUACUGGCAACAGACCUCCCAGUAGCAGAUCUGUAGACAGUCCCUUACCUGCAUAUACAAAUGAUAAGACACAGGCAGCCCAACAUAGAGCACAUAUGAUACAAGGUCAACCUCAUGUCAAAGGUAGUUUGUUACGUCGUCAUACUUCAGAGGAUCUGGGUAUUUCACAUGAACACGACUUUUCAAUAACUAAUGGGCCAUUUGUUCCACGACCUCCUUCAAAGACUUUUUCAGAAAAAUUAGAAGGCCGACCCAAGUCAGCCAAAGGACGAUUACGCCCCAGAUCUGGAGUAAGAAAAGAGAAUGUAGCUUUAAGAGAGAACUUUCGGAUUGUUGGAGAGCAAGCAUCUUUUCCAUGGCCUCCAAAUUCACAAUCAUCAUUUUCAAAGUACAAACCACUUCCUUCGAUUGGUUCAGGACAGAAUGUGGAGUCGGACUCAAACUACUCACAACUUGUGCUGGAAAAGACAUUUGAUGAUUGCAAUGAUAAAUUGCUACAAAAGACAGCUACUCUUUCAUUGAAUUAUUCACUUCCCAAUGAACCAGAUGAUUCAGAACUGGGAAGAAUUCAUCUAGCAAUAAAAUUAUUAGACGGAUCACGUCAUGAAAGAUGGUUUAGAAACACGGAGACACUUGGCACAGUGCUGGCCUUUGCUCAGUCAUUUAGUAAAGAUAAACUUCCUCCUUGCCAGUUCUUCACCAAUGAGGUGCCAAGACAGGUUUUUAAUAACUUUGAGGUCAGUCUGACACAAGCUGGUAUAAAUUCAAGAACAGUUCUUCACCUGGAAGACAUUUAAGUGUGAAAUAGUGCAUUCUCAUUGGGAAGGGCUCAAAAGACAACUUCCAUAUAUUGCCCUAAUUUAGAAAAAGGGGUGCUUUUUUGGGAAAAUGGCAGAGGCAUGAUGGCAAAGAAUGCAUGACACAGGUCUACGCAGCACAUGAAUGAAAAGGCAAGCACAGUCUAAGUUGUUCAUGAAAAUUUAUUGUCAUGAAAUUUGCUAAGAUUUACAAAUAGAAAUUGUAAAUGAAUGUCAGUUUAGGGGAAAAAACUUUGAAUUCUCAAUUAAACUGACUUCAAAGGGUUGGAGGUGUGAAAUAUUACCACACAGGACUAAAUUAUUUCCUUCUGUCACAGAUUGAUCAUGACAGUUGAUCAGAUAUUGGGAUUGGUGCAAUGAAAGUGGCAGCAGUUAUUGUCUUUAGCUGCCAGAUAGCUUGGUAUUGUGUUGAUUUAAGAUAUUAGGGAUAAAAUAUUUUAAGAUAAUGAGUUGAUCAAUUCAGAGCUUCAACUUCCCCACCUGGGUAACUGCCUGAGCAUUUGAACUUUUGAAGAUUGGUUUGUUCAAAAUCCUGCCCUCCAGUGGCAAAAAUUGUGUUCAAAUGCCCCACUCAGUUCUUCUGUGUAAAAAUCCAGGAACUGUGACUUUCCAU